AUGUGUGUCAACAUCACAACUGAGAACCGUCGAACAUCGGUCAUAAGUGAUUAUGGUGUGAAAGUAUUUUGGAACAAUGUCUACAACGUACGAGUGGUUGUUCGAGGUCGAUACUUGAACAGAACAUCAGGUUUAUGUGGUUAUUAUAACGAAAUGGAAGAUGAUGAUUUCUGGACGUCUUACGGAACAAUCGUAACUGACCCAGUACAGUUUGGAAAUUCUUGGAAAGUUGAUCCUACAUGCGAGAAUGCAACUACAGUGGAUCACCCAUGUGACGCCAAUUUAGAGAGAAGAUUGAUAGCACGAGAGAAUUGUUCAACAUUACUUAAACCACCCUUCAGUAAUUGUUCCAGUUAUAUCAAUGCAACUGAAGAAGGAUAUAUUUCAGAUUGUGAAUAUGAUAUGUGUGCUUGUGAAGAUGAUCCUGUUGCUUGUUAUUGUCAAGCUCUUGAAGCGUAUGCUGAUGAUUGUUCACCCCAUGUUGAUAUAAAAUGGAAGGAAUUAAAUGAAUAUGCAAUUUGUCGUACCCCAUGUGCAAGUGCUCCGUGUUAUAAUGGCGGAAGUUGUAAAAAUGUUGAUUCCUCGUCGUUUGAAUGUAGUUGUCCUGCAGGAUUCCUGGGAGAUAGAUGUGAAAUUAAGGAUCGUUGCCAAAUACCAUAUUUAUUCUUCUCAACAUCAUUGGGAACGGUGUCUUAUAAUACAGAAAACUCCACAAGUAUCCCAAUGAAGGUUGACGAUCGAGUAAACGCCUUAUUGUCAUAUGAUGGUAUCAACAAACGGUUGUAUCUCUACAUCUCUCAGGAAAUAAUAAGUUACUACCUGGAUGGAUCUGAUGUCACCGUAAUGCCACUCAAAGAUGCGGACUUCUUCACCGUUGAUGGAAGACGAAGUGUGAUAUAUUAUUAUCAUGCUUUGCAUUCAAGAAUUUGGAUGUACAAUAUUACUGAUGGUCAGAACACUGCCGUUGAUGAUCUUAGCGAUGUGGCAUCUGUGAAAGAUGUGGAGAUAGACAUGACUAACGGUUAUCUCUACAUAGCCCGGGCAAAUAAUCCUCCAUUCAUUCGUUACAAUCGAGCUGAUGGCUCCAUGAAACUGUUCGACAACGUUUUUGGCUCAGCGCAGUCGAUUUCCGUUGAUGAAUACGAUGAUGUUAUCUACUGGGCUAAUUUCCAAGAUGGCGUGCACAAGAUUAUGAAAACUUCCAUGAACGAGGAAACAGUGUAUUUAAACAUCACAUAUGCUGACCAAAUCGAGUUGGCAACCGAUGUUUUUAAUUUGUAUGUCCUUAAAAAAGGCAGCACCUCUAUCGAUAGAUAUUUAAAAGCAUCGCUUGAAAAGCAAGGAAACAUUACCUAUGAUUAUGCUAUAUCCGACCUUAUUAUUACAUAUGACGAAGAUGAAUGUUGUGUUGGAACUUUCUGCCACGUGAACUCUUCAUGUGCAAAUUCUCUCGGUAGUUUUAAUUGUUCCUGCAACGAUGGCUUUUCAGGAAAUGGCUCGUAUUGUGAAGAUAUCAACGAAUGUUCAGUAAACAACCCAUGCCACCAAAAUGCUACCUGCUCAAAUAAUAUUGGGUCAUUCCGGUGUGAUUGUGAUGAAGGUUUUGAAGGAAAUGGCCGUGAUUGUGAAGCAACCAACUGCAGUGUUAUAAGUUGUGGUGAGAAUGAACGAUGUGAUCAAGUGAAUGGCCUCUUUAAGUGUGUUUGCAAAGACGAUUAUAAAGAACCUGAUUGUCUUUUAGCUGAAGCGACGUGUGUAGCUUAUGGAGAUCCUCAUUACAGGACACUCGAUGGAAAACGUUUUGACUUCAUGGGUAAAUGCGAAUAUGUUCUGGCUAAAGACAGAGUAAACAACACAUUUGAAGUAAGACAAGAAAAUGAACCUUGUGGAAAUGGACUAGUAACAUGUACGAAAUCAAUAACAGUCAUCUUCCGGGAUGUAACUAUUAAACUCAAAAGGGGAUCAACUUCAGUUAAUGGUGGUGAGGUAACACUGCCGUUCUCAUAUAAAGGCGUAAACAUUUCCAAGCACGGAAGUGGUCAAGUAAUAACAAGUGAUUAUGGUGUGAAAGUAUUUUGGAGCAAUGUCUACAACGUACGAGUGGUUGUUCGAGGUCGAUACUUAAACAGAACAUCAGGUUUAUGUGGUACUUAUAAUGAAAUGAAAUAUGAUGACUUCUGGACGUCUUAUGGAACAAUCGUAACUGACCCAGUAGAGUUUGGAAAUUCUUGGAAAGUCGAUCCUACAUGUGAAAAUGCAACUGCAGUAGACCACCCAUGUGACGCCAAUCCAGAGAGAAGAUUGAUAGCACGAGAGAAUUGUUCAACAUUACUUAAACCACCCUUCAGUAAUUGCUCCAGUUAUAUCAAUGCAACUGAAGAAGGAUAUAUUGCAGGUUGUGAAUAUGAUAUGUGUGCUUGUGAAGAUGAUUCUGUUGUUUGUUAUUGUCAAGCUCUUGAAGCUUACGCUGAUGAUUGCUCUUCCAACGUCGAAAUUGAUUGGAUGAAUUUAGAUGAAUUCGCCAUUUGCAGUACCCCGUGUGCAAGCGCGCCAUGUUAUAACGGAGGAAGCUGUACAAACGUUGGUCACAAUUCAUUUGAGUGUAGAUGUCCUGCUGGAUUUCUGGGAGAUAGAUGUGAAAUGAAAGAUCUUUGCCAAAUACCAUAUUUAUUCUUCUCAACAUCAUUGGGAACGGUGUCUUAUAAAACAGAAAACUUCACAAGUAUCCCAAUGAAGGUUGACGAUAGAGUUGGCGCCUUAUUGUCAUAUGAUGGUAUCAACAAACGGUUAUAUCUCUAUGUUGAUGGUGAAGGAAUCACAAGUUAUUAUUUAGAUGGUUCUGAUGAGAUGACAACAAACAUCGGAAAUGUAGACUUUCUCACCGUCGAUGGAAGAAACAAUUUGAUAUAUUACUACCAUAAAUUGCAUAGUAGAAUAUAUGUGUACAAUAUUACUAGUGGCCAAUCGCAAGGGACUGAAGUUGAUGCUCUCUCAGAUAUAUCUAGUGUAAAAGAUCUGGAAAUGGACAUGAUAAAUGGUUACCUCUACAUAGCAAGAGCAGGUGAUCCUCCAAUCGUACGUUAUAACCCAGCAGAUAAAUCAAUAAUGGAGUUCAAUUUUGAUGGCUCAGCUCAGUCAAUUUCUUUGGAUGUGUACAAUAACGUCAUUUACUGGGCAAACUAUGAUGGAAUCAAUCACAAUGUUAUGAAAACUAGCCUCAAUAAGCAAACAAUUGGUUUAAACAUUAGUUAUCCUGGGGGGGUUGACUUGACGUCUGAUGUUCUAAAUUUGUAUGUCUUGGACACCAGCAACAACCGUAUUGAUAAGUACUUGAAGACAUCGCCCGAAAAACAAGGAAAUUUUACCUACCAUGUUACGAUAAAUGACUUGAUAAUUGCAUAUGACCAUGAUGAAUGUUGUGCUGGAACCUUCUGUCACGUGAACUCUUCAUGUGCAAAUUCUCUUGGAAGUUUCAACUGCUCCUGCAAUGAGGGAUUUGCUGGAAAUGGCACUUAUUGUGAAGACGUCAACGAAUGCUUAAUGAGCAAUUACUGCCACGAAAAUGCUACGUGCAAAAAUAAAAUUGGGUCAUUUAAAUGUGAUUGUAAUGAAGGUUUCAUAGGAGAUGGUCGUGAUUGUAAAGCUACGAACUGCAGUCUUCUUUCUUGUGGCGAAAACGAACAGUGUGUUCGGGCAGAUGAUAUCUUUAAGUGUAUUUGCAAAGACGAUUAUGAAGAACCUGAUUGCCGUUUAGUAAAAGCCACCUGCAAUGCUCGAGGUGAUCCGCACUACUCCACAUUUGAUGGAAAACUCUUUGAUUUCAUGGGAAAAUGCGAAUAUGUUCUUGCUAAGGACAGUGUGAACAACACAUUUGAAAUAAGACAAGUGAAUGAAGAAUGUGGAAAUGGUGAACCUUCCUGUACAAAAUCACUGACAGUGAUGUUCCCAAAUGUGACAAUUCAACUUCUGCGGGGAAGUGUGACAGCGAAUGGCAUGACAAUCUCAUUAUCAACAAUGUAUAUGGCCAACGGAGUGAAGAUAUCCCAACCCAGAAGUGGCAUUACGUUGGUCGAAAGCGAUUACGGUGUCGAAGUUGAGUGGAACAACGUUCAUAAUGUGAGAGUGACAGUGUUUGGUCGGUACCUGAACCGAACAUCUGGUUUAUGUGGAACAUACAAUCGAUAUCGCGGAGAUGAUUUCUUGAUGUCAAAUGGUACAACAACAGACAAUGAAGUAGAAUUUGGCAAUUCUUGGAAAACUGACCCUGACUGUGAAGAUGCAACAUUUGUUGAUCAUCCUUGUACAACAAAUCCUGACAGAAAUGCAACUGCAAGAGCCAACUGUUCAGCUCUACGCGAUUCUCCAUUUGAUAAAUGCUCAAGUUAUAUCAACCCAGACUCAGAGGGUUAUAUUAGCGAUUGUGAAUACGAUGUUUGUGCUUGUGAUGAUCAUCCAACUGUUUGUUUAUGUCAAGCAAUAGAGGCGUAUGUAGAUGACUGUGCCUCGUAUGGAGUGAAUAUUACCUGGUUGAGUUAUCCUCAAUAUCAGCAAUGUACUACUCCUUGUGCUAGUGAUCCUUGUUUCAAUGGUGGUACUUGUACAAAUAUUCAUAGUAACUUUUCGUGUUCAUGUCCUGUCGGGUUUACUGGUCACCGCUGUGAAAUGAAAGUUGAUGAUUGUGAUGAUCUAUCUUGUGGUAAAAAUGAAGUUUGUGUCAGAGUUGGAGAUACGUUUGAUUGCGUUUGUCAUCAAGAUUACACAGGAGAUGAUUGUAAAGAAAAAGUCGAAGCGACGUGUGUAACUUAUGGAGAUCCUCAUUAUAGAACGUUCGAUGGAAAACGUUUCGACUUCAUGGGUAAAUGCGAAUAUGUUCUGGCUAAAGACAGAGUAAACAACACAUUUGAAAUAAGACAAGAAAAUGAACCUUGUGGAAAUGGACUAGUAACAUGUACAAAAUCAAUAACAGUCAUCUUUCCGGGUUUAACUAUCAAACUUCAGAGAGGAAUGACUAAUGUGAAUGGUGGAGAGAUCAGCUCGUCGACAAACUACGGGGCUGUAAACGUUACAAUUCAUGGCAAUGGUAGGACCGUCGUGACAAGUGAUUAUGGUGUAACUGUGUUUUGGAACAAUGUUUAUAAUGUUCGAGUAACAAUCGCAGGUCGAUACGUGAACCGAACAUCAGGUUUAUGUGGUACUUAUAACAAAAUGAAAUAUGAUGAUUUCUGGACACCUUACGGUACCAUCGUAGGUGAUCCAGUAGAGUUUGGAAAUUCUUGGAAAGUCGAUCCUACAUGUGAAAAUGCAACUACAGUGGACCACCCAUGUGACGCCAAUGCAGAGAGAAGAUUGAUAGCACGAGAGAAUUGUUCAGCAUUACUCAAGCCACCCUUCAGUAAUUGUUCCAGUUAUAUCAAUGCAACUGAAGAAGGAUAUAUUUCAGAUUGUGAAUAUGAUAUGUGUGCUUGUGAAGAUGAUUCUGUUGCUUGUUAUUGUCAAGCGCUUCAAACGUAUGCUGAUGAUUGCUCUUCCGACGUCAAAAUAACGUGGAUGAAUUUAGAGCAAUUUGCCAUUUGCAACACGCCGUGCGCAAGUGCUCCAUGUUAUAAUGGCGGAACGUGUACAGACAUUGAUUCUUCGUCAUUUGAAUGUAGAUGUCCUGCCGGAUAUAUUGGUGCCCGAUGUGAGAACAAAGAUCUUUGCCAAAUACCAUAUUUAUUCUUGUCAACAUCAUCGGGAACGGUGUCUUAUAAUACAGAAAACUCCACAAGUAUCCCAAUGAAGGUUGACGAUAGAGUUGGCGCCUUAUUGUCAUAUGAUGCUAUCAACAGACGGUUAUAUCUCUAUGUUAAUGGUGAAGGAAUCACAAGUUAUUAUUUAGAUGGUUCUGAUGAGAUGACAACAAACAUCGGAAAUGUGAAGUUAUUCACUGUCAAUGGAAGAAACAAUUUGAUGUAUUACUACCAUGAACUGCAUAGUAGAAUAUAUGUGUAUAAUAUUACUGGUGAUCAAUUGCCAGCGAUUGAAGUUGAUGCUCUCAAAGAUAUAUCUAGUGUAAAAGAUCUGGAAAUGGACACAACAAAUGGUUACCUCUACAUAGCAAGAGCAGGUGAUCCUCCAAUCGUACGUUAUAACCCAGCAGAUAACACAAUAAUGGAGUUCAAUUUUGAUGGUUCAGCGCAGUCAAUUUCUGUGGAUGAGUACAAUAACGUCAUUUACUGGGCAAACUAUGAUGGAAUCAAUCACAAUGUUAUGAAAACUAGUCUCAAUAAGCAAACAAUUGGUUUAAACAUUAGUUAUCCUGGGGCGGUUGAAUUGACGUCUGAUGUUCUAAAUUUGUAUGUCUUGGACACCAGCAGCACC